UUACUCAAAAUAAUAAUGUCUCUCGGGAACUCUAUGGGUUCGGAGCCGGAGCUCAAAACACUGAUAAAUCAAAUAAUCAAUAUCACCGGGGAUUCGCAACCAAAACCGGAGUCUGAGCUUGUAUCACUCAUCAAUCGAAUAAUCUGUCUCGUCAACGCUAUGAAGUCGGAUUGGAGCACGUACCCGGAGUUAAAGUCACUCAUCCCUCAAAUAUUCUCGAUCAUCGUCUCUCAGGAUUUGGAGUCAGAUCCAGAUCCGUCUGAGCUCCCGUCACUCAUUACUCGUAUGAUCACCAUCCUCAGCUCUAUGGACUCAAAUUCGUUGUCGGAGCAGGAGUCGGAGCUCGUAUCACUCGUUACUCAGACAACAUCCCUCGUCACCUCUAUGGAGCCGGAGUCAUAUACGGAAUCAGAGCUCAAGUCACUCAUUACUCAAAUCAUUCCUCUCGUCAGCACUACCGAUUCGAAGCUCGUAUCACUCAUUAGUCAAUGGGGCUAUUUCCUAAGCUCUCCGGAUUUAAAGCAAGAACCGGAGCAUGAGCUCAUAUCACUUACUACUCAAACAAUUUCGCUCGUUAGUUCUAUGGAUUUCGAUUCGCAGCCGAAGCCGCUAUCGGAGCUCAUAGCACUCGUCACUCAGUUUCUAUCUCUCCUCAGCUCUGUAUCGGAUUCGGAUCCCGAGUCUGAGCUCAUAUCACUCAUCACUGAAAACAUAUUAUCUUACAUCACUUGUGUGGAUGAUUCAGCUUCGAAGCCGAUGAUGCCGGAAUUAGGGAUCUUACCACUCAUUUCUCGACUAGCAUCUCUGGAGCCGCAGCCAAAGAUCAUUUCACUCGUUAGACGAAUGUUCUCAAUCGUUGGGUCUAUGAUUUCAGAUUCGGAGCCAGUAGAUAAGCUUAUUUCCGUAAGCCCUCAAAUGGGAGUAAUUGUUGAACAAGGGAGAUUUCGCGUGAAUGAAAUGCCCAUAGAAAGCCGAGGAAAUAAAUGGAUAUGUGGCCCUGGAUUUCGGACAUUAUUCAGCUUAGCCGGAGAAGCCGCUACCCAUUUUUGGUGCCAAAAUUGCAAUGGCGACUACCAUGACGAAUGUGACAAAGCCUCACUUUUCGCCGACCACUUUCUUGAUCAAAAACAUCUUCUUCAGCUUGUCGUGGCUAGGGAAGGACAAACCAUGGAAUGUUAUUGUUGCACUGAAGAUCUCCUAUGGAUGUUUUAUUAUUGUGUGUCUUGCGAGAUUGCUAUCAAUAUAACUUGUCUCGAGAAACCACCGGUCUUUUAUAUUGAUUGUGCCAAGUGGCAUGAGCAUACACUUGCUCUGUUUCCAAGACAUGCUUCCUUAACUUGCAACCUUUGUGGCUUGCCCGACGCUAGAUCCCCUAUCUAUAUGUGUCCCCGUUGUAACUUUGUGGUCCAUCACAAGUGUGUCACCUUACCACGUGUCAUAAGGAUAUCUCGCCAUCCCCAUCGUAUUUCUUUUACCCCUUCUUUUUACCAAGAAGAGCCCUCCUGUUAUAUAUGUCGCAAAGAGAUUAAUAGAUACUACGGAGGUUUUGCUUGCAUCAAGAACGAUUGUUCAUAUACGGCUCAUUCAAGAUGUGCCACACAGAGCAAUGUGUGGGAUGGCAUAGAACUUGAAGGAGUGCCAGAAGAAGUUGAAGAAGAACUUGAGCCGUUUGUGAGGAUAAGCAACGGAAUCAUACAACAUUUCAGUCAUCAACAUCAUCAUCUGAAGCUUGCUGAGAACGAAGACAGAGAUUACGACGAGAAUAAGUUGUGUCAAGCAUGCAUCACGCCUAUCUACUUCGGCAACAUUUACUCUUGUAUGCAGUGUGAUUUCAUUUUCCACCAAGAAUGCGCCAAUCUUCGUCGCAAAAUGCAUCACCCGAUACAUCCACAUAUGCUCACUUUAACAGAACGCAUCGGCAUUAUGAACAAGCCGAAAUUAUGUUCAGCUUGUCCUUGGUUGUGCACGGGUGGUCUCAUCUAUGAGUGCGGCAAUAAAGGAUGUGAUUUCCAGCUACACGUGCAGUGCGCUUCACUUUCAGAGCCUUUGGUCCAUCCAAGUCAUACACAUCCAUUAUUCCUAACAUCCAAACCUGAAGAGUGGCAAAGAAGAUGUUCUGUUUGCAAAGAGUCAAAUCAUUGUUCCACAAACGAAUCCUUCAAUUGCAUUGAGGAGGCGUGUGACUUCGCUUUGUGUUUUGUAUGUGCUACUUUACCACAAAAGGUUAGGUAUAAGCAUGAUAAGCACGUACUCAAUAUGUCUUAUGGGAAGGAAACAAGUACCACGACUAAUUGGUGUGAAAGUUGCGAGGAAAAAAUAAAUCCAGAGGAGCGGUUUUAUGUGUGCGAUGAAUACUGUUGUGUCACUCUACACAUUGAAUGUUUGAUUGGAGCGGAUUUACAUGAAGCCCGAUUCAUCGUUUCACUUCCACAUGAAACCGGGUUCAUCCAUUUCCUUACGCGGUAGUACCUUUGUUCAAAUUUGGGCCAAUAAUCAUAUGUAUCGACCUUUUUGCUCCAUAUGUAAGAAGCGUUGU